UUAAAUUUCAGUUUUUUAAAAUUAUUUCAAAAACAUAGAAGUAAAAAAAGAGAUUUAAAGGUUAUGUUAUUGACAUUAUUAUUUAAAUGAUUUAAAUCUUUAAAUAAUAAAUGAUGGUCAAUGAAUAUUAUGAUAUUAACACUCCCUUUAAAAAUGAAGAUAUUGAACACAAACUUAGAGAGGAAUUUCAAAAGAUAAAAAAAGAUGGAAACUUUUUAAAUAUUCGGGAAGUUGAGGAAAAAUUAACAAAUUUAAAAAGAUGGUUAAUUUCAGCGCCUGAAAAUAUUGUUUAUAGAAUUAAUACAUUAUUAUCUGACUCGAAACAAGUAUUAAUUUCUAUAGAAAAUGAACUUCACUCACAAAUCGAGACAAAAGGGAAUUGUCGAAAACUACCAUCAAUCAAGUUAUUUGAAAAUAUUCCCGAAUUAAUUUUCGUCAGUUCCUGGAAUGAUGAUAUUGACUUGAAUUUAGAAAUUCAAUCAAAAGAAAUUAUAGUCGAUGUAAAAUGUGGAGAAGCAGUAAUUCGAGGAGCAGAUAUUUUUGCUCCUGGCGUAAUUGGAAUGCCCCACGGAUUAAAUGUGGGUGAUAUUGUCAGUGUAUUUGCCGAUAUUGUUAAAGGUUGUAAAAAGGGUCUCGUUAAAAAAUACGCCAAUGAAAAUAAAUUUUUUCUUGGCAAUGGAAUUGUUCUAUUGACCAGAGAUGAUAUUUUUCGACACGAAAUUAAAAAUGCAAGUGGAAUUGCAGUGAAAUUAAUUGAUGUCGUGUCACGACUUCCACAAUUAAAUGAUAAAAAUUUCCCAACUGGAUGGUGUUUACUGCAAAAUUUACCAUCAAUUAUUUGUUCCCGAAUUUUGGACCCUCAACCGGGAGAAAUUAUUCUUGACAUGUGUGCCGCACCGGGUCAUAAAACAAGUCACAUUUCUGCCUUAAUGAAAAAUAAAGGAAUGGUGAUUGCUCUCGAGAAGAAUAAAAACAAAUUGCAACGUUUGAAAAAGCAUUGUGAAAAUUUCAAUGCAAAUAAUGUUGAUUGUUUCUGUUUCGAUUCAACAAUGGCGUUAAUUAAUGACAAUAUUGAAAGAGAAAUUUCAUUGGGACCACCAUUUUUGAAGGAAUCGUUUGAUCGAAUUUUAUUGGAUGGACCUUGUAGUGCUCUAGGACAGAGACCACAAUUUUUCAAUACAAUAACUCUUACACAACUCAAUUCUCAUGUUUUUUUACAAAAGAAAUUAUUUUUUACUGCUGUGGAACUUGUUAAAUUUGGUGGAACUUUGGUGUACAGUACUUGUACCAUUACUUUAGCGGAAAAUGAAGAAAUUGUUGCUUGGGCGUUAAGGAAAUUUCCAGUUUUGAAACUACAAUCGAUAAGGAAUAAAAUUUCACGAAUGAAUCUUAAAAAUUAUGGAACUUCCGGUUUUAAUAUCGAUGGAUUAACAAUUGAGGAAUCUGAUUCGUUACUUCGAUUUGGACCCGAAAGUGAUUGUAUUGGAUUUUUUAUCGCUUGUUUUAAAAAAGAAGUAAUUUAAUUAUAGUGAGUACGACUUUAAAAUAAAUUUUUAAUUUUUUAA